AUGGCGAUGGUAUCCAAUGGCUCCGAGUACGACUUCAUCAUCGUGGGUGGAGGCACAGCCGGCAAUGCGGUCGCAGGUCGCCUCGCCGAGAACCCCAAUGUCCGCGUUCUAAUCGUCGAAGCUGGUAUUCCGAAUCCCGAUCAGAUCGAGGAGAUCACCACUCCCUCAAAGGCCUUCAACCUUCGUGGGAGCAAAUAUGACUGGGCCUACAAAACAACCAUGAUCAAGCGCGACGACUACGAGCGCGUAGAAAAGCCCAACACUCGAGGAAAGACUCUUGGUGGAAGUUCAUGCGCCAACUAUUUCACUUGGAUUCCCGGCUCCAAGCCAACCUUUGAUGACUGGGAGUCUUUUGGCGGCAAGGACUGGACUUGGGACAGCUGCGUCGACUACCUGCGAAAGUGUGCAACCUACCACGACGAUGAGAAGUUGUAUUCGACCGAUUUGAACAAGAUCGGAACUGGCGGUCCUCUGCAUAUUUCCCAUGCUGAGUUGGUACCGGAGAUGAAGCCUUUCCGCGAUGCGCUCACCCAGGCAUGGGUCUCCAAGGGUCAUCCUCUGAAUGAGGACAUCUUCUCCGGGGAAAUGAAGGGACUGACACACUGUGUGGACACAAUUUACCAGGGCGAGCGUCAAGGUAGUUUCCUGUACCUGAAAGGAAAGCCCAACGUGACCAUUCUCUACGGUGUGCAAUCCAAGAAGCUGAUCAUUGACCCGAUUACGCACAUCUGCUCAGGUGUCACUGUGAUCAGCGAAGCUUCAGGCACCGAGAUUAGUAUCUUUGCUAGUCGCGAAGUGAUCUUGUCCCAAGGUGUCUUUGAGACGCCCAAGCUUCUUAUGCUUAGCGGUGUUGGCCCGGCCGCGGAGCUGGCUAAGCACGGAAUCUCUCCCGUGGUGGACUCUCCUCAUGUCGGUCAACAUCUUUUGGAUCAUCCUAUCGUACCAUUUGUGCUUCAGAUCAAGGAUGGAUACAGUCUAGAUGACCACAUCCUCCGCCCUGGCCAACUUCAUGACAUGGCCGUGGCUGAGUACAAGAAGAACAAGACCGGACCUAUUAGCUCGGGUCUUUUGGAGCUUGUCGGAUUCCCUCGUAUUGAUGAACGCCUGGAGAAAUAUCCCGCCUACCGCGAGGCGAAGGCUGCAAACGGCGGUUUGGAUCCAUUUGGACCCGCUGGCCAGCCUCAUUUCGAGCUUGAUUUCGUCGGCAUGUUCAGCACCGCCUUCCAGUGGCACUUCCCUGUGCCCGAGAAGGGCAGCUACAUGACCGUCAUCGUUGAUCUGUUGCGGCCUCUUUCUGAGGGCGAGGUCACUCUGAACAGCGCGAAUCCCCUGAUUCAGCCAAACAUCAAUCUCAACUUUUUCGGAAAUGAUCUGGACAUUUUGGCGAUGAGGGAGGGUGUCCGCUGGACAUACGAUGUCCUGACUAAGGGUAAGGGUUUCAAGGACCUCGUUGUCGCAGAGUACCCCUGGAGAAUGCCUCUUGAGUCUGAUGAUGAGAUGAAUCGAGCUGUUCUUGAUCGAAGCCAGACUGGAUUCCACCCCUGUGGAACCGCACGUCUGUCCAAGAACAUCCAUCAAGGUGUUGUCGACUCCAAGCUCCGAGUGCAUGGAGUCAAAAAUCUCCGAAUCGCGGAUGCCUCGGUGAUCCCUGUGAUUCCAGAUUGCCGGAUACAGAAUUCGGUUUAUAUGAUCGGCGAGAAGGGUGCGAAUAUCAUCAAGGCCGCGCAUGAGGAUAUCUAUGGGGGAAAGAAGUUCCCUCACUUUGCUGCCAGAUUGUAG